GUGUGUUUGGUAGAAUUGAUCGAUGACAUUUCAGAGAUUUGUUUAUAUUCGCCACGUAUUUUAUUGUGUGGUAUUAACUAAAAACAUUACUUUAAAUUAAUGAUACACAAAAUGGAAGGUUCUUUGUUGGAGCCUACCUUAUACACGGUAAAAGGAAUCCUCAUUUUGGAUAAUGAUGGACAACGAAUUCUAGCCAGAUACUACGACAAAAAUAUAUUUCCCACACCAAAAGAACAAAAAGCAUUUGAAAAGAACUUGUUCAACAAAACGCAUCGCGCGAACGCUGAGAUUAUAAUGUUAGAUGGUCUCACAUGUGUGUACCGGAGCAAUGUUGAUUUGUUCUUCUAUGUAAUGGGAAGUUCUCAAGAAAAUGAGUUAAUUUUAAUGAGCGUUUUGAAUUCCAUGUACGAUUCAAUCAGCCAAAUUUUAAGAAAAAAUGUUGAAAGGCGAGGGGUUUUAGAUUAUUUGGAUAUAGUAAUGUUAGCAAUUGAUGAAAUAUGCGAUGGCGGGAUAAUUUUGGAUGCUGAUUCAAGUUCAGUUGUAUCAAGGGUUGCAUUGAGAGGUGAAGACAUUCCUUUAUCAGAGCAGACAGUGGCACAGGUCUUACAAUCUGCAAAAGAGCAACUAAAAUGGUCUUUGCUCAAAUAGGAUUGUACUGUAUUAUACUGUCAGGUCCUGUUUAAUUUAAGAAAGUGUUUUAUAUUGUUUAUGAGUAUAUUAAAUUGAAAAUAAAAAUUACUUAUAUGAA